AUGCCCGGCUUCUCCCUCUCCCCGACCCGUCCCUUCCGUGCCGUUUGCCCGGUGGUUUCCAGACCCCCGGUCACGCCUCCACCCCGUCCUGUCCCCUCCGUCUCCCCCAGCCCCCCUGACGUUGGCCUGCCCCCGAUAGGCCCGACGUCGCCCACGAGCCGGAUUAGCCGGGAGGAGAGAGGAGGCGAGCGCCGGGAAUGGGAGCAGUGGGCCGGUGUGCGGCCCUGGGGUGGCCUGCAGGUGGAUGACGUCACCAGAAUCAGGCCAAUCAGAGAGCGGCACCAGGAGGGGCUUGUCCCGACUCUGGCACCGCCCCUUUCUGGGGACCCAGGUGGGCGACGUCACCGGCAUCCGACCAAUCAGGGCGCGAGGCGCGAGUUCAAACGGCGGCGGGUAAAGUGGGUGGCGGGCCCGGCCCGGGCGGCCGACGACGGACGGACCAUGUGGCGGGACGGAAACUGGAGACCCCCGCACACGCCCAACACCAGGAAAUCCUCCAGCCGGAACCCCCUCCAGGAGCUGCUCCUGCAACCGUGUGCCCUCCAGGACCCCAACAAAAAUGCUCUCGCGUGCUCCUCCUUGACCCCAAUGCUGGACAGGCUACGGCUCCGGGAGGCCUGCAGUCCUCUGAGUCCUGUGAAGCCUCCCGUGUCCGUCUGGCCCGAUUUUGCCCCAGAGCUGCCCGGCAGCCUGGAGCGGAGGACAGAGGCCGAUCCAUCCGAUGCGAAGGAGCAGCUGAUCCCCAGAAACAGUUCGACUCCCCGAGUCUCUGCCGAGGUUCUAGACCCCAGUCCUAAGUCCCCGGCCUCGGCCCCCUCUCCUCUCCAGGAUAAAUCCGGAGGGGAGUGGGAGUGUUUGACCCGCUGGGAGCCGGACGUUCCUGACGGGGGCCAGGCAGAAGCUGGGAAAGAAGCCGGGAACAUCUCUCUGGACCCUGAGGCCCGCUCGCCCAGCUCUCGGGACACGAGGGAAUGUGAGCCUACCGAAGACGCGGAGGUCGGCUCUUUGGAUGAUGCUGUGGCCGCUCCUGAGGACGCCGGCCCGCCCCGCCGCCUCACCGCGAUCCCUUCCCUUCCUGGCUCGGAGCAUCAGGAGCGGGACUCCCAGGAGAGCCCCGAAAGGGCCAGGAGCCCGGCUGCCUCUGGGCCCCUUUCUGGCAGCUCCGUCCCGGGUCCUCCGGGUUUGCCGGUGCCUGCUACCGAUGCCCCUGCCGGCCCCGGGACGGGUGAUACGGAGCCGGCCGCUCCAGGCGGAGGAGGCCCGGACCCUCCUGGGGCGGAAGAGACUACGCCUGGCGCCGAGGCAGCCCGGGUGGCCCCCGGCCCCAUGGCGGCGGGUGGCCGCCGGACUCUGGUGACCAGCACGGGGACCCAGGUGUCCCCUUUCUCUUGGCUGGAGAAGGGCGUGAACACCUCGGCCUUGUGGGAAAGCCUGUGUCAGAGCUUCUCCCUCCCCGCCGGGCUGCGGGAGGCCGGGGCCGGCACCACGCCCAUCCCCAAGUGCUCCGUGGGGACUUGGCUCACCCCGCCGGCCUUCCCGGAGAAGAGCGUGAACGCGGGUCGGGCCCGCACCCAGGACAACGCCGCCGAGACGGACUCUCUCCUGUGGUGCGUGCCCCCCGAUCUGAACGCCCUGUCCCGCCGGGAGUUGGAAGAUCGCCUGCUGAGCUCCCUCAUCAUCCUGGAGGCCCUGUCGGGCCAGCUGCGGGCCCGGCAGGCGCAAGGCACAGCCCCUCCCCCCGACCCCCCCAGCCGGCGCGACGGCAGCACGCAGACAGACGUCACCUCCCUCACCGAGAAGGAGCAUCUCUAUCAGACGCUGUAUAUCCGGGCGGCGGAGAAGCUCCAGGACCUGAAGCGGAACCGGGAAUGUGAGCGGGAGCUGGAGCAGGCCAGGAGCGCUAUGCAAUCCUGGACGCUGGAAUCCCAGGAGCUUCUGUCCCUGCUCGGCACGUCCCUGCGGACCUCGAAGGAGGACCUGGCAGCGGUGCACCGGGAGGGCGACCGGGCGGAGUCCGCGGUCUCUCGGUGCCAACUUGUGCUGGAGCAAGCCAAGGCCGCCCUCCAGCAUUUCCGAGAAGAGCGGGAUCAAGCGAGGUGCCGGGAGGAGGAGGCCCUUCGGGGGAAGGAGGCGGCCAAGACGGUGCUGGAGGUCUUCUGUGCUCAUUCCAGUCAACGCAUCAGCCAACUCCAGCAGGAUCUGGCUUCCCAGCGGGAACUCUGUGGCCUUCUGAGAGAGGCCCAGGCCCAGCAGGAAUCCGCUCAUCAGGAGCGAGGCGAGGUGGUCCGGCAGGCCGAGGGUCUCGCUUCCACCAUGCAGGAGGACUGGCUGGCGAUGCAGUUAAACUAUGCGACGUGGGCAGCUCUGUUGAAGCGGAGUCACUCCCUGAUGGAGCGGCUGGCAGCCGACAGCCACCGAGCCCUGCGGGAACACGGCGCCCUGCGGCAGGAGCGGGACGAGGCGGUCGAAGAGAGGGAGCAGGUUUCCAAGCAGCUGGCUGAGGUCUCUGCUCAGUGGGAGGACAGCAAGAGUCAAAUGGAGCGGUUGGCUUUGGAAAAUGGCCGGCUGGAGCAAGAUCUGCACGCCCGGCUCCAGAGCCUGGCCAGGACAGAGGGCCGGCUAGAGGAGCUGCAAGGCCAGCACGCCGGCUGCGCCCCGGACCUGGCCGCCAAGGAUGAAGCCCUGGCCCGGCUGGCCGUGGACCGGGAGGAGCGGGAGGCCCGAUGGCAACGGGAAGAAGCGGCACUGCGGCGGGCUAAUGAGGAGCUGCGCGAACAGCAGGCAGCUCUGGCCAGGGAGGUCCGGGAUCUGCGGGAGAGCCUCGAGUUCAUGGAUCAGGAGAGCCAGGUGACCCACAGCGAGCUGGCCACGGUCGAGUCCCAGCUGAAGGCCACGCUAUCAGUGCACCGCGAGCAGAAGCUGCAGUGUGAGGAGCUAAAGGAUACGGUGGAGCAUCUGCUGGCCGAGCAGGUGACUACCAAAGCGGAGGCUGAGGAGCUGCGGGCACAGUUGGAGAAGAUGCAUCGGGGCGCCCUGGGGCUGGGCCCGCUUACGGCAAGCUUGCACGGCCUCGCGCUGUCGCUCCGAGCGGCCCUGCGGGAAGACGAGAAGGAGGGAGAGCGAGGGAUCCCCGAUUUGAGUACGGCCUGCACUCCCGCUCGGCGGCCACCCCCACCCGAUGACAGCACCUUUCUGGGCAGCGUCCUGCGAGCAGUGGCGGGAGAAAAGCCCGUUCCCGGCCCCGUUCCCGGCCCCGGCCCCUCUCUCGGGAGCCAUAGCAGCGCCUUCACGAGAGUAGAGCCAGCAAUGCCCCCCAAACUGGCAGGUCACGGGUCCCCGGAGAGUCCAGACAUCGAGAGGAGCCUGGCUGAGCUGGAGUCCCUGGUUUCGGAGCUCCAGAGCCUGGGCUCCCUGUUGAGGGAGUCCAAAGAGGAGGCCGUGGCUGUGCUCCAGCGGGAACUGGAUGGCCUCCGGGCCCGGCUAGAGGCUGAGCAGAAGCAGCAGCGGGAGGCCCUGGCUGCCCAGGAGGCGAAGGUGGAGCAGAUGAGCCAGGCCCUGUGUACGCGCUACAAAAACGAGAAGGAGCUCCAGGAAGUGAUCCGGCAGCAGGACAAGAAGAUCCUCCAGCAGAUUGAUAAGAGCGGAGAAGUGACGGUCCUGCAGGAGGAAGUGGCCCAACUGAGGCACCUGCUCCAGCGGGCAGAGACCAAGGCCAAAGUCCUCCAGGAAGAGCUUGCGUGCCAGCAGGGGCCUGGCCACCAGUCUGCCGGCCCGGACUGGAUGCAGGAGAAAGUGUGGCUGCGCCAGGAGGUGGACCAACUGAGGCUGCGGCUCCUGGAGGUGGAGGAUGAGAAGACUUUGCUCCUGGUCAAAUCCAAGAGCCACAGAAACGUCCUUGAGGAGAAUCUGCGGCGGUCGGAGAAAGAGCUGGGGAAACUGGACACCAUCAUCGAGCAGAUUCGGGAGACCCUGCUGAACAUCCCCAAGGUGGUGGGCGGCUGCCGGGAGCUGCAGGGACUGCUUGAGUUAUUAGGCUAAGGGGCAGCCUUUCACCCCUUCUCCCUCCACCCCCCACUUCACUUU